AUGGUGGACGCAGAAACUGCUCUCUUUAAGGCCAAAUCGGCCUACUUCAACCGCUGCCAAGCUGGUGUGAAGCUUCGAGAAGAUCUCGCUGCGGCCCAGGCCAUAUUGAAUGAGUCGCAGGCUGGUCUUGUCGCCGCUUCGACCGCCAAUCCCAGCCCCGCUGUCCCUCCGCCGCCGUCUGGCGCUGCUCCUACCAACGGCGGUCUCGCACCGGGCAUAUCCGCUUCAGCGGAAAGCGUUUCAGAUAACCCUACGAUCGGUACUACCCAGUCGCCCCCCGUGGACCCCGCUCUCUUCAACGCGGUUGUCAAGUACAAGGGCAAAGUGGAGAGGUUAGAAAAGCAACUGGGUGAUAACGACAAGAAGGAAAUGGAAUUAAUGUAUGCCUAUAGGGAAUCGGUGGAAGCUGCAAAUGCAAGGCUUGUCGACCUGGAAAAAAGCAGGGUUGAAAUCAUAUGCGACACCAGAUUAACGGUUGUAAAAUGUGACGAAGUUGUCAGUGAUUCGAUGGCCGAGCUCAUCAGUCACCUUUUUGUCACACGGACGAAAAUGCUAAGCGAAUACGAAGAUGUCGCAACCAAGUUCCAGAAUUACAUCCCUGGCCAACCUUACCACCAGUUCCUGCAAAAACACGUGCAAAAUGGAACAGAUGUUAUUCUAGAAAAGUACCAGUUCGAUGGUUAUCACGACAAUCCAGCCAAUGCUAAGGAUCGUGGAGAUGCUGCCUUUGGCAAAUUCGUCUCGCGGUUUGCGCAGCUCUACUCCAAAGACACAUCUGAGCCAAAUGAAGAUAGCGACCUGGUGAAUAAGCCCUGUGCCGCAGCACCACCACCACCCACCCACGUCGGUGGUGGCGUCGUCCGGGACACCGCUCGGACAGUCUCACUUCGUGCCGAGUCGCCAUCCCAGGAGCGUCGGCAUUCGGACUCGGAUACUGAGGUUGAGGAAAGCGCGCCCCAAGGCAAUACCACUGUGCUCUCUUCUCUCGUUCAAUUCGGCUCGAAUCUCUUCCGACCGGACGCGAAGAAGGCCAGUGUGCGGGCGAAGGGUCGCUCCGCGGCCAGUGCGGCGGCCGUCGAACUCGAUCCCGCCACCGUCGCCGCUAUGGAGGCCGCCGCUGAGCGCGAGUACGACAAGGCCUGCUUCGUUCUCAUCCAGUGCAUCAAUGGCAUUGAGACACAAAAGGAGGGCUUGCAAACUCAUGGCAUUUAUCGGGUACCAGCAUCGAAAAUCAAGGUCGCUGCGGUUGUGGAAGCCAUACGAGUUGCCGAGGAGUCGGGAUAUAGCUCAAUCGAUCUGUCAGAGGAAUACGCAAUCACCCUGGCCAGCACUUUGAAAACCCGUCUUAUCCAGGCCCUUGAUGGAGCCGACAGCGCCACGGUCGAUGAACAAGCCAAAAAGCUGCAUAAUUUGAUUUGUCAACUGUCACCAGCCAAUCAACGGGUUGCUGGACUUCUGUUCCAUCAUCUAAAAAGGAUAUCAACCUUCCGAUCGGUAAAUCAAAUGGGUGCUGCGAACUUGGCCACGAUGUUCGGUCCCACUGUCCUUCGGCAAAAACCUAAAUUUAAUGUCGCGAAUAUGAUGGAGUUUGUGGACAACAAUUGGCUCAUGAAGGCAGUUGAACUUUGCAUUGAUCGCGUUUCUGACGUUUUCGGACCCGACUCCGACUUUGCUACCAACAAGCUAUUGCAAGUAAUCAGAGCUAAAAGAGCAGAAAUCGAGCCUGCGGAAGCACAAGUGACCUCGUCGUCGUCGCCUGUGGCCAUUUUCAGUGCCCCCGUGCCAGCUGUGGCAGACCCACGCGAGGCAUUCUUCGCCGACAUGAGCGGGGCUUCUGCACUCGCUACGCAGCCCCCAACAACUUGGCUGAAAAUUUCCACCUCCAAAUCAGAACAGACAUCGCCACUUCCAGCUGAUCGGAAAUCGGUUAGAUCGAGGACGAGUGUUGACUUGGAAAGAGUUACCCCGGAAUCGCAGGCAUCAGGUGCCUCAACGGCCCAAAAAGACGUCCCUCCAACCAGAACCCCGGAACCCACAGCUGAAUCUAGCAGUAGUGGUGGAUCUGGCUUCAAACGCCUUAUCGGUGCCAAGGCACAAAAUCUUCAUCAGCGCUUUCAGAACCUUACCUCUGGGUAUUCAGAAGGUGCAGCAAAGUCGGGACUUGUUUUCAGCCCCAGGAAACUCCUCCACUCUGCCUCCCUACGCAAUUCUCCCGGCCAAAAACCCCGGAAACAAGAUACGACUCCGCGGCCCUCCAAAGACACCACCAAGGGUCUACACGUCGCCGACUGUAGUUUCAUUGACACAGGUUAA